GGAGCAGGGACUCGGCUCGGGUUGUGACAGUGGGGUUUAUUUGAGAGUGCAUGAACCUGUGGCUAUAGCGGAUGUGUGCAGUGUCAAAGCGAUGCGUUAUAACCGAGACAUAAACGCUUCAUAGCGCACUGCGGAAGGGAAAGCAAGGAAAAGAGAUGUGAGCAGUCAUCAUUCGGAAUAGCGACGCAGGAGAUGUCGGAGGUUGGAUUGGUUUGGGAUUGACUGUCUGGUUUGUUUGUUUUUUUUCUCCCCACCCCGCACUUCUGGGCUUAAUGAGUGUCCAAAGUGAGAGAAUCCUCACUGGAAGUUUGGACGCAGCGCCAUCUUUGGUCCCAGUUCUCCAUCUGCGACCCCGGGCCUGGCUUUAAACACACACAUCUCAACCCCCGGGAUCCGUGACAGAGGGAUGGAGGAGCUGCAGUCUCUGGACCCACGCAGACAGGAGCUGCUCGAGGCUCGGUUCAUGGGGGCGGUAAGCGGUAGCACCGGGGGCAGCACAGGCAGCGCCAGCGGAGGAGCCAAGGGCUUGAUCAAUAAUGAGUGCUCCAACCACAGCUUUGGCAGUCUGGGAUCAUCAAGUGACAAGGAAUCUGAGAACUCCGACCUGAAGAGAGGCGGCUCUCCGGCGUAUUCCACACCCGAGAAGAAGCACUCCGAGACGACUAGGAGGAAGAGGAAAGCCGACAACCAAUCAGAGAGCAGCCAAGGGAAGUCAUCCGGUCGAGGAGCGAAGAUCAGCGAUUACUUCGACUUUCAGGCAGGAAACGGCUCCAGCCCUGUCAGAGGAAUGCCGCCUGGUCUUCGUGCCCCACACGGCUCUCAUUCUGCCCCCGGCUCAAUCGUGCGACAGAACAGUUCCUCGCCCACCAGCCUGUGUUUCACCGAUCACAUGAUGCAGCCAAAACAGCUCGGUAUCAGAAGUGUGCAGACUGAUCUGACUCUGUUAAAGCUCGCUGCCCUUGAGAGCAAUAAGAAUCUGGACCUGGAGAAAAAGGAGGGCAGAAUAGAUGAUCUGCUCAGGGCUAACUGUGACCUGCGGAGACAGAUCGAGGAACAGCAGAAGCUGCUGGAACGGUAUAAAGAGCGGCUGAACAAGUGCACCACCAUGAGCAAGAAACUGCUCAUCGAGAAGAGCACCCAGGAGAAGCAGUCGUGUCGGGAGAAGAGCAUGCAGGAUCGUCUACGGCUCGGCCACUUCACCACGGUGCGACACGGAGCAUCCUACACGGAGCAGUGGACCGACGGAUACGCCUUCCAGAACCUGGUCAAGCAGCAGGAGUGGGUGAACCAACAGAGGGAAGAUAUCGAAAGGCAGCGGAAGCUUCUCGCAAAGCGCAAACCUCCGAACACGGCGCCGUCUCAGAGCCUGGCGCCUUACAACGAGUCCAAACCCAGAAAGACCAAAGCCGUGAACGGAGCGGACAACGACCCCUUCCUCAAACCCAGCCUACCUUCACUGUUAACUUUAGCAGAGUAUCACGAACAGGAGGAGAUCUUCAAACUCCGACUGGGCCAUCUCAAAAAGGAGGAAGCGGAGAUUCAGGCUGAGCUGGAACGUCUGGAGCGAGUGAGGAAUCUGCACAUCCGUGAACUGAAGAGGAUCAGUAACGAGGACAGCUCCCAGUUUAAAGAUCACCCAACUCUCAACGACCGAUACCUGCUCCUGCACCUGCUGGGCCGCGGAGGAUUCAGCGAGGUUUAUAAGGCCUUCGACCUGUUUGAGCAGCGUUACGCAGCAGUGAAGAUCCACCAACUCAACAAGAACUGGAGAGAGGAGAAGAAGGAGAACUACCACAAACAUGCGUGCAGAGAAUACCGAAUCCACAAGCAGCUGGACCAUCCCAGAAUAGUCAAACUGUACGACUACUUCUCCCUGGACACGGACACGUUCUGCACGGUGCUGGAGUUCUGCGAGGGGAACGAUCUGGACUUCUACCUGAAGCAGCACAAGCUGAUGUCUGAGAAAGAAGCUCGUUCCAUCGUCAUGCAGAUCGCCAACGCCCUCCGAUACCUCAACGAGAUCAAACCGCCAAUCAUUCACUACGACCUCAAACCAGGUAACAUCCUGCUGGUGGACGGUACCGCAUGCGGAGAGAUAAAGAUCACCGACUUCGGCCUGUCGAAGAUCAUGGAUGACGAUAACUACGGUGUGGACGGUAUGGACCUGACCUCGCAGGGAGCCGGGACCUACUGGUAUUUACCACCGGAGUGCUUCGUAGUUGGAAAAGAGCCGCCAAAGAUCUCAAAUAAAGUGGACGUCUGGUCUGUGGGCGUCAUCUUCUUCCAGUGUCUCUAUGGACGCAAGCCGUUUGGCCAUAACCAGUCUCAGCAGGACAUCCUCCAGGAGAACACCAUCCUCAAAGCCACUGACGUCCAGUUCCCUCCCAAACCUGUGGUCAGCAACGAAGCCAAGGCGUUUAUUCGGCGCUGUCUGGCGUACAGGAAGGAGGACCGCUACGACGUCCACCAGCUCUGUAGCGACUCGUACCUGCUCCCUCACAUCCGGCGAACCAAUUCGUCCGGAAACCUGCAGGCCAUGCCCACUAGCCCCGCCUCCUCCUCAAUCAUCUCAUACUGAUCUCAUGUUGAUCUGUCUGGCUUGAAAAGUGAUUGAGUUUGUUUUGUUUUGUUUGUUUGUUUGUUUGUUUUGAGCGAGUGCCCUUGUGUGUAGGUGGGGGAAAGUGUGGGAGGGGUUUACGGGUCAGGACGUGGGCCUAAACACACACCUGGCUGAAGUUGCCAUGGUGAAAGUGCACUUGAUGAUGGGAUGUUGAGCACAGGUGGGAGAGUGGGGAGGAAAAAAAAAAACUUGAAUACUAAUGCCACAAGGUGGCUGGGUUAAACAUGAGUGUACAGGAGGUGUGCGUGUGUGUGUGUGUGUGUGUGUGUUGGGGGAGGGCAUUACACUUCACACUUUUCAUUAUUUCUUUGUCUUAUGUCCCCUGCUGUGUGUGUGUGUGUGUGUGUGUGUGUGUGCGCGCGAGUGUAUCAGGUGCUGUUGGGAUAUGUCGUGUGUGUGUGUGUGUGUGUGUGUGUGAGAGAGCAGGUCCAGGGUAAACUUGAUUUCUUCAAAUAGAUAUUUCUGGAUCAACAUUUUUUUUUUCCAACCAAUCAUCGACCUCUGAUGUCAUCAGCGUGCGCCUCGGAAAACUCGGAAAACUCACAUCGGAUUUUUUUAAACAUUCUUUUUAACGCCGCACUAUUUUGAAGGACCGGUGUCCGAGACCACAGUACCCAUAAUGCACUGCGUCAUUUUGGUUCGAUUAGUCCACACCUUCACUGAGGAAUACAGCGGGUUACUAUGGAAACGGCUCUAACGUCGAAUGCGAGUGUUUUUUUAUGAAGUAAUCGUGCGUGUUUACGGAGGCGGUCCUCGCUGUAGAAAAACAAGGCCAGGGGGCGGAGCCGGAUCCGAUCCAGCCGUUCGGAUUUCUGAUCCCGUACGCCUAACCCUAACCUACACGACACCGUACGAGACAUUAAACACACUCACACAGCCUGGAACACGUCGCACUCCCUGUAUGUUUGGCUCGACUCCGCCCAGGUAGUCGGCGCCGGAUCAGGUCCGACUCCACCUUGUGGACUCUGUGACUCUGUCUUUAAUGCAGCAAGGCGUUCAUUUCACUCUCUCAGUGCCAUCUAGAACACAAAUCUGCUACAAACUACAACCUCAAGCUAAUAAAUUACAUAAAGGCGUGAAGACGAGGCACGAUCUUACGGAAGCUAUUCUCACCGAGGUUUAUCCGGUUUUCCAGCACUGAAACGAUACAGUAAAGAGGUUUUGUGCCCGUGUGCCAUCGGAACUACACCAUCUACACCUCAUAACCUUCUGGUUCUAGCUCUCCACAACGUUUGAAGGAUUGCAGCGAGCUUCAAUCAUCACUCUUUUAGUAACGUUAAAGUGUUUGCGUGAGACGAACCGAGCUAAAAUUUUCCUCAACCUCCGCAAUGGCCUGUAACGUGCGAAGCCGGUUCCAGACACAGCUCAUUUGCAUAUAGCGACGCCCACAAACUCCAUACAAGGUGAAGUGCACAGAGAGCUGGGAGCAUGAAAUGAGCAAUCAGGGUAAAGGGUGAAAGGCAGAUGUGGAGCUUAUUUCGACUCACUAUUGUGCCAAAAAAAGGAAUCUGAUUUAUUUGGGCGUGUCGGCUUGUUUUCUUUAGUCUUUGUAUUCGUUCAUUAAUUUAACGCCACAUAGUACGACAGGGCUGGAUUUCACAACGCGUUCCCGAUUGUACUCUUCGUCCCUGAUCCCAGCGAACUAGCACGAGGACGUGAUUUUGAUCGAGACGCCAAAGCUCUUCUCUAAAUCGCUCUGAAUAAAUGUCUGUGAAACGCCGUAAACCAAGCGAUUUAAGGUCGACCGUUAUACUCCACGUAUAAAAGGGCAAUCACGAUACAAGUCGAGGUUCACUUCAGUGUGGAAGUUAACACGCACAGGAGCGUAAAUGCUUACACACACACACUGUCUAGAUGAUCAGGAUGGAAAACGGAGUAUUUGUUUAGCUUUAUGAACACAGGAGGAGUAUGUGGCUCAUGCUGAUGACAUCACAUGGCAGUGAUUGGUGGAAAUAAACUUCACGUUUAAUAACGGAUCAUGUUCACGGCCGGUCCAGGAUCGGUGUUGGACUGUCCCACGUCGCCCCCUGAAGCAAUGUUCACGUUGCUGCUACUCAGUGUUGCUUUUUAGUUUUCAGUUAGGCUUGUGUUUUUGUUUUUGUAUACUGUACAAUUUAACAAGAGAUGUCAUAUAUGAGAAGUUUAUUUGCCAGGAAUUUGCAGCAUGUUCAUUCAGUACCUUUUUGUCAGGUGUGUGUGUGUGUGUGUGUGUGUGUGUGUGUGUUGAGGGGUGUGCGUGUGUGUAACAACUUCUAAGCUAACAGACAGAAAGUGGGCCUGACCCCGCCCCCAAAUCACAGAUCACGCCGUGCGACCAACCAGGAGCCGGAAUCAGCAGUGCUCCGUCUGCUUUCUUCUUCUCCUCCUCCUCCUCCUCCUCCUCCUCCCCGUCUCUCCCUCUCUCUCAGCCCUUCGUCUGUGAUCGGUCUCUGAAAUGCUGCUGCCGUUGUAGGGAAUGUAGCCAAAAGAGAAAUAAAAAUUCCUAAAGCUAUUUUAAUA